AUGUCCGCCCGGCGGAACUCCCCGGACGCGCUGGACUUCCUCGCGAACGAGACGAUCGCGCUCGCGAUGGACGAGGCGAGAUAUUCGCACGAAGGCGUGGACGGGAGCUCCGGCGGGGGCGCGGGCGCGGCGACGACGGUGAACGAGGACAGAGCCUUGGAGGAGACGAUCUUGCGCCUCGUGUGCUACGGCCCGACGAUCAUCACGCCGAAGACGUCGCAGAAGCACCAGGACAUCAACCUCCUCACGAAGCUGUGCCCGCGGACGAAGGGGCCCGCGAUUUACGCCCCCGGGACGGUGAGCGGGCUGAAAGAGCCCGUGGUGUUGUCGCUCAAGUCCGAGGGCAUGCGCGCGCACUGGGGCGGGGCGCAGCCGUCGAGGUUGGACAACCGCGACACGCGCGCGCUCGCGGCCGCGUCCGCCGCGGGCGCGGUCGCGGUCGCGGCGCGGGUGCGGCGCGGGCCGCCCGCCGCGGGGAGAACCGCCAGCGCCAGCAGCAAGCCGCCGAAGGCGAGCGGCGCCGCGGGCGCGAAGAGGAAUCGAGCGGCGGUCGUCGGCGACGAGAGCGAGAUGGUCAGCGCGAAGAAGCCGACCAAGCCGGGGAAGAAGACGUCGAGCCCGGGGAGAAGGGUCGGACCGAAGGGAACGCCGAUUAGAAAAGAACGCAAGCUCAAGGACGUCGGCGGCAAAGGCGGCGGCCGCGCGCAGGCGGAGCGCACCGAUCGCUCGUCGUCCGAGAGCAAGAACGAGCUGACGCCGGAGCAGCUCGCGCGGCAGCUGCUGUGGGCGCAGUACGUCGCCGCGACCUCGGCGGUGGACGUGUCGCUGCUCGACUCGCCGCCGCCGACGUCGCUCGUCGACGCGACGUCGCGGCGGGGCGCGAGGAAGAGCCCGACGGAUCGCUCCGCGGCGGCGAGAGCGAAAACGUCCCCGAUCGAGGGGAAGGGGAGGGGGGAUUCCGCGGACGCGCCCGGGACCGGAAGAGUGAGCCUCACCGUGCAGUGGCGCGCGCGGACGCGCGUGCGUUCGGACCUCCAACCGCCGUCGGUGAAGUCCGUCACCGUGAACAUCGAGCCCGGGGAGAUGUGCGCGCGUUUCCUGUCGCGCGUCGUGCAGAUGCCGCCCGGGGCGGCGUACAACCAGACGCAGCUGGCGUGGGGCUCGAUGGUGCUCCCGCCGACGCAAGUGCUGGAGACGUACAAGAACGGCGGGUGGUCGAUCGACGUGCACGGGAAGAAACCGCCGGAGCUCACCUUAGUCGUCCCGGUCGGGACGCUGCUGCUCCACCCCGGGCUGUGCAAGGCCGCGGGGUGGAAGAGCAGCGUCCCGCACGCGACCGCGGUCGCGGGGACGCAGCCGGCGACGAAGGUGUCCGUGGACGGGUUCUUGGACAUGGAACGCUCGUCCCCGCCGAAGGGGGACAAGACGCCGGCGUCGACGAAGGGACGCUCGGGACGGAGCUCUCUCGAGGGCGCCAAGAAAAUCGACCUCGGCGAGGGGUGGUACCCGGAGGAGGUCCCGGAGACGAACCGGUGGGACGGGCAGGCGCUGUCGAAGCGCGCGCUGCACCCCGGGAUAACGAACGCGGACACGAUGGCGAAGAUUUUCCGCGAGCACGGCGUCAUGAACGACAGAGAUCCGUGCACGUUCGUGGACGUCGGCUGCGGCGACGGGACGUUCGUGAAGGGAUCCCCGGAGACGUACAAGAACGGCGGGUGGUCGAUCGACGUGCACGGGAAGAAACCGCCGGAGCUCACCUUAGUCGUCCCGGUCGGGACGCUGCUGCUCCACCCCGGGCUGUGCAAGGCCGCGGGGUGGAAGAGCAGCGUCCCGCACGCGACCGCGGUCGCGGGGACGCAGCCGGCGACGAAGGUGUCCGUGGACGGGUUCUUGGACAUGGAACGCUCGUCCCCGCCGAAGGGGGACAAGACGCCGGCGUCGACGAAGGGACGCUCGGGACGGAGCUCUCUCGAGGGCGCCAAGAAAAUCGACCUCGGCGAGGGGUGGUACCCGGAGGAGGUCCCGGAGACGAACCGGUGGGACGGGCAGGCGCUGUCGAAGCGCGCGCUGCACCCCGGGAUAACGAACGCGGACACGAUGGCGAAGAUUUUCCGCGAGCACGGCGUCAUGAACGACAGAGAUCCGUGCACGUUCGUGGACGUCGGCUGCGGCGACGGGACGUUCGUGAAGGGUCUGCUGAAGGCGUUCCCGCAGGCGUGCAUGUGCGGGAUCGAGUGCCAGAAAGACCUGUACGAGGAGUCUCUGAGCACGGCGGGGCACAACGCGAACUUCAUCCUCGGCACCGCGGAGACGCAGCUGGCGCAGUGCCUCAGCACGAGCGUGAUCUUCUCGACGACGCACAACUUCGACAGCUCGUCGGUCGUGGAGAUCGUGCGCACGGCCGCGCGUCUGCCGAUGGUGAACCACCUCGUCAUCGGGCAAGCGAAGCUGUGCACGGCGAGGUGCAAGUCCGUGUUCGGGCCGUGCUGCUGCUUCCAGCCCGUCGGCACGGAGCUCGUGAACACGCACUGGGGGAACUCGAAGCUGCCGUUCACGAUUUACCGAAGAAUCGUUCGGUGGGUCUUGAAAGCGAACGAGGUCGCGCGCGUGAGCGACGAAGCAACCGUGAACGCGUUGAACGCGGCACAAUUAGACCCGAGGGCUUUGAUGGCGGAGAAAGGGUUGGCCGUGGACACGCUGAAGAGCCCGUCGUUGCCGUCGAUGGAACCCGAGCGCGGCGGCGGCGCGAAGGCGAGCGGCGGCGCGAAGGCGAAGACGACGACCACGAAGAAGAACGAAGGAGAGAAGACGGAGAAAAUUCGCAUAUCCAUCAAAGUCGUGCGCGUUUAAAAGGAGCCCGAGGGGAGCGAAGACGAAGGGGAGGAAGAGCUGGCGAAGUCGCCGUCGCUGCUGCGGCGGAUAGUCAAAAUGGUCGGGAAGGUCGCGGGGGUGACGCCGUCGCCACCGCGACGCGCGGUUCCCACGUAGAAACGCGGAUUCUUUAAAAUAUUUAAGACGAUAUCUC